CGACGAGUCAUGCUGGCGCCUUGCCGCGCCCCAGAUAAUGCCACCAACGACGUCCGGAUGUGCAUGCGCGCUCGUCGAUCCGCAGGCGGCUGAGGCGCUUCGCCGGCGGCUGGACGACUGUGGCUACUUGGACACCGGGCGGCGGGCAUUCCGCGCUGAGAGUGGCGCGGUGGCACUUCCACUCACGGCUGCUGGCGAGGCAUACGCGGUGCAGCACGGCGAGCUAUCGUUGGCUUUCCUGCCGCCGCCCACCACCGACAGGCGCACAAGCGACAAGCGGCAGCGCAUGCACGGGCGCUGCGUCGCCGCCCUGGAGUCAUCUGGGCUGCCGCGUGCGGACGCAGCGCGCCUCUUCCCCGUGCAGUCGCUGCCCUCGAAGUGGGAGAAGCUCGGCGACGUUGCCCUCUUUGCCCCAAGAGGGAUGUUUGAGUCCGGGUCGGGGGCGGCAGAGGCUCUGGCGGCGCUCGCUCCCGCCGCGAGAGAGUCUCUCCUUGCCGCGCUCGCAGCAGAGGCUGGUGCGGCGAGGCUGGGUGUGCAGGGCAGGAUCGGGCAGGUGGAGGAGGCGCUGCACCGCAAGAGCGGCGCGCGCCUGGUGUGGCCGCCGGGUGCCGGCGGCUGGGUGAGUUUCAAGGAGAAUGGCGUCCUGUACGGGCUCGACGUGUGUCGCUCGAUGUUCAGCUCCGGCAACGGCACCGAGAAGGCGCGCGUGGGCAGCUUCCCGUGCGCCGGCGAGACGGUGGUUGACUUGUACGCCGGCAUCGGCUACUUCACCCUCCCGUACCUCGUCCAUGCCGGCGCGGCGCACGUGCACGCUUGCGAGUGGGACGAGGAUGCUCUCGCCGCCCUCUCGCGCAACGUCGCGGCGAACGGCGUCGAGAGGCGGUGCACGGUGCAUGCGGGCGACAACGUGCAGGCGGCCGCCACGCUGGCGGGCGUGGCCCACCGGGUCAACCUCGGCCUCAUCCCCAGCUCCGAGGCGGGCUGGCCUGUGGCGGUGGCGGUGCUGCUGCCGGAGGGCGGCACGCUGCACGUGCACGCCUGCGUUGGCGCGGGCGCGAGCGAGGAGGACGCGUGGGGUCGGGCGCUUCUCGCGAGGCUCGAGGCGCUCGCGGCGGGGAUGGGGCGGAGAGGCUGGGCGGCGAGGCUCCUCCACCUCGAGCGAGUCAAGUCUUACGCGCCGCGCCUCAACCAUGUCGUCGCGGACGUGCGGCUCGCGCCGGUUCGAGUAGCGUGAAUUUGUAACCACGAGGAAUGAUC